AUGUCUGGCUGGGCCCUGUUUGCGAAGGAGAAGAGACUAGAGUUGUUGCAGAAUGGCCAGCUAACAGGAGACACCUUGCCCGAACAGACGAGUUGCGUGGCGAAGUUUUGGCAUGCUCUCUCGAAAGACGGGAAAGAGGCAUGGGGACGCAGGGCGGAGCAGCUCAACCGGCUUGCAGGAGAACGAGAUAGGGAGGAAGACAAGAAGUCGCAGCAGCAGCAGCAACAGCAGCAGCAGCCUGCCAGUACCUCAUCUGUCGCUUCGAGCAACGGCGUGCACACGACAGCACAGCGCGGCACACCUCAGAGCUCUCCCCAAAAGCAGCACCAGCAGCAACAACAGCAACAGCAGCAAAUGCAGGGGGCGACUCCUGCGGGAAACCGUGGUGCACAGACUAGUCCGCCUCAAAGCGCGCAGCAGACGCCGGCUCCGCCUUGUGCGCACAAGCACCAGCAGGAACAGCAGCAUCAGCAGCAGGGCUCUGUUGGCAAGAAGAGCCCGCUUGCUGUGCCUAAGAAGCGGAAGCGAGGAGGCCCUGUGGAGAAGAGCAGCAGCCAGAGGGGCUACACCGCCUUCACAUUGUUCGCAAAGGAGACUCGCAUAAGCUGCAAAGAAAUGGGAAUAGACUGCGAAUCAUCAUGGGAGUUAGCUGCAGCUGCAGCAGCAACAUCUGCAGUUGCGGCGUGCACAGCUGAAGGCGUCGUGUUGCUGUGGUGUCUCUGCAGGUGGCGGCAACUCUCAGCGGAGGAGAAGAGGAGCUUUCAGUCCCGCGCACGGGAAGCAAACGAGGCGUGGAAAAAACAGCAGCUGGGUCACGGACCGCAACAGCAACAACAGCAACAGCAACAGCAACAGCAGCGUUCGCAGCAGUUGGUGCAGUCAAACAACACCAAACAGAUGGGACAUCCUCAAAGCUCCCCACCACAGAUUACGCAGCAGCAGCAGCAGCAUACGCAAGCACAGAAGCAACAGAAACAGCAGCAGCCUGGCCCUGCAUCCCAGCAAAUCCAGGCAGCAAGACAGCAGCAGCACCAGGCGAUGCAGCAGACGCCUCAAGUGAUGCAACCGACCCCUCAGGCAUUGCCACAGGCCUUUCGAUCUACUCAACAGCAACAGCAGCAGCACCAGUGGCUCCUGCCGUCAGCGAGUUCUCCUACUGGAGUGCUGCGGGGCUCCUUGCCACCGGAUGGGUCCGCUGGUGCUGCUUCUGCACCUGCUGCAUCUGGGCUGUCUGGCGGACCCGGAGCAAUGCUUGCCCCGCUGCAGCAACACCCACGACAGCAGCAGAUGCAGCAGCAGCUACUGGUACAGCAGCAAUUGCAGCCCCAGAGCCUACUCACUCCAGACCUUGGUUGGCAGCAGCCGCAGCACGCGUUGCAGCGGCCUCCAGCGUACCGGCAGCAACCAGGUCAGUUCCAGCAUGUGUUGCCGCCACAGCAGCAACAGGAGCAGCAGCAACAGCAUGCAGCGCUGCUUCCCGUGGAUGCGUCUAAUUCGCCUUCUUCGGCUACUGCGGGUGAGUUUGCUGCUGCAGGGAGACCACUGGACACAGAGUUGGAGCCGAGAACAGGCGCGCCAUCUGCUGCAUCGCAGCAACAGCCCUACUUCGUUGCAGCGCAGCAGCAGCAGCCGCAGCAGCACGUAGGGGUCCCGCUGGGAGGCCCACGAAGAUGGCCAGACGCAGAUGCAGCAGCGCCAAGCCAGGGGCCUCCAGCAUUCUCUUACGUGCCACAGCACGGGGCGGCGCCACCCAGCUCCCCCAGUAGGGCGCGUAACAACCGACCUGCUGCUGCUGCUUCUGCUACUCUGCAAGAGGCGUCAGGUGCUGAGGCUAAGGGGGAUGAGGGGGGAGGACAGGCAGCUUCACGGGACGAUGUGGGUUUGGAAGGCUCGCCAGGCACUGCUGCAACGCAGAAAAAAGCCAGCAGCAGCAGCGGCUGUGACGCAGCUGAAGGUGAGGAAUGUCUCCCGAAGAUUGGUGCUGCUGCUCUCGCUGCAGCUAGCGAAGCAGAAGCUGCAGCAGCUGCAGUUGCACGAGAAGUCCUGCGGGCCGCCCCUGGUGGACGUGAAGACGCUUGGGAGCUGCAGCGGCAGCAGCAUAAAGGAACAGUGCAGCAGCAACAGGAAGAAAUCGCCCCCAUGCGGGAGCAACAGGUGCGCCUGCACCUUGAAGCUGAGGAGGAAUUCACCAGCAGACGGCACCGCCUCCGCCGGCCUGCCGCGGAAGCAGCCAGCAAAACAACAGCACGCAGAUGUCCGGUAGCAGCAAAUAGCCAGAAUAGGAGCAACAGCGCUGGGAUUAGCAGCGUAGAGACAGUGAACGACAGCAGCGAGAGCGGAAGCAGCUCCAGCGAGAGCAGCAGCAGCGGAGACGAAGAGGAGUCGGCAGAAACUGCAGAUAGCAGCGACGAAGAGUUCGUCCCCAAACGGAACCUCUCUCGCCGUGCGGGGCGACCCCGCAAAGCAGCAGCUGCGGGUGCUACGGUCAUUAGGAGGGCCGAGAGGGGCCGGCCAGCUGCAAGGGGAUGCAGCAGCACAGCAAACAGGGGAAGGGGUCGGAGAACCUGUGGCAACCGCCGCAAUAACAGUGGCGCUCCUGCCCCAGCUGCUGCAGCAGAUGAAGUGUCUCCACAAGGAGAAUCGGCUAUUCAGAAGGCAGCACCGGCCGGAAAUAAGCCGGUGACGCUGUGGGACUUGGUGAAGAGGAACCUGUGCAAGAAGACGGCAGCGGACAGAGCAGCAAGAAGAAAUGCCGCUGCAGCAGCAAAGGGCUCAUCGGAGGCCGUAGCGGAUCCAGCGGAAGAUCCCUUCGCACUGCUGCUCUGCCCGACCCCGCAGCAGCAGCAGCAGCAGCAGCAGCAGGUCGGGAGUGCGCCAUCAGCUGCAAGUGGAGACGGCACGGACCUUCAGGGGCUCUUCGAAGCCCCAACUGGGGACUCCGGUGGCAUGGACUCAUUGCGCCUUGACUCUUCCGGGAACCUAGUGGUAGCAGAUGGGCCCAAAGAGGCAUUUUGCUGCAGGCAUGUCUUGCCGCCGCAGCGACAGUGUCUUGGCAUGUCAGGGCUUCUGGGUGGAAACUGUGUGUGUACGAGUGGCCAGCAGCGACGAGUUCUAGAGGAGGACUUGACCUCAAGGGGAGCAUUCGCGCUUCAGCCGUAUGAAGGCGCAUACAAAAAGACUAAGGGAAAGCGCUGGACCGAAGAGGAAACCCGCAAGUUUUACGAGUGUUUGUCUUGCUGCGGCACGGACCUGCUGCUUAUUAAGACGAUGAUGCCUGGAGUAACAGACAGCCAACUAAAAAGAAAACUAAAGACAGAAGAAAAAAGAAACGCAGCUCAGGUCGAGGCUGCGCUGGCACGCAAGCGCACACUGUCGCUGCAGACGUACGAACAGCUCCAUGGGUCCAUUCGUCGGGAGCUGCAUUGUCAGCCAUUUAACGACUCAGAUGAGGAAUCGCCCCUUAGAACGCUUGGAAAUGGGGCUGUUGCUGUUACCUCUGCAGUUGGUGCAGUCACCACACAGUCGUCGAGCAGUGGUGGCGGUCUUCUGGCGCUUUUGGGAGAUGAUACAGCAGGAGACACUUUGGGAGUUUCAGGGAAGACAGGAGACCCUGGGAGAACUGUCUCCUUCUCAGCCGCGGGGACGGCCGCCGAGCCGCUAGACUCUUCUCUGAUGGAGCUGCUAGGGGGUCCAUUCUAG